CCCACCCGGGCCCCGCCCCUGCCGGGGAGGGUCGGGGCGAGGGGAGGGCCUGCAGGUGAGGCGCGGUCGCCCUGGGCCUCGCACUUCCGCCCAGGUGAGGGAGGGCCGAUGCCGAGCCCUCCCGCCCCAGGCUCCCACCCGCGCCUCCGCCGGACCAGGUUCUUUAAAAUUGAUUGAAGGGAACAGUUCAAAAUGCCUGAAAAUCCUGCCACAGAUAAACUGCAGGUCCUGCAGGUCCUUGAUCGCCUGAAAAUGAAAUUGCAGGAGAAGGGUGACACGUCUCAGAAUGAGAAGUUAUCUGUGUUUUGUGAGACACUAAGGAGCCCUCUCUUCAACCAGAUCCUCACACUUCAGCAGUCCAUCAAGCAACUGAAGGGACAACUCAGCCAUUUACCCUCAGAUUGUUCAGCCAGCUUUGAUUUUUCCAGGAAAGGCUUGUUAGUAUUCACUGAUAGCUCCAUUGCUAAUGGGAAUGUCCAUAGGCCCUCUAAUAGUUCGACUGUUUCUGGGUUAUUUCCUUGGACUCCAAAGCUGGGAAAUGAAGACUUCAACUCUAUCAUUCAACAGAUGGCUCAGGGUCGGCAGAUUGAAUACAUUGAUAUAGAACGGCCUUCAACCGGAGGCCUUGGAUUCAGUGUGGUGGCCCUUAGAAGUCACAAUAUGGCAGAAGUGGACAUCUUUGUGAAGGAAGUACAGCCAGGGAGUAUAGCAGACAGGGAUCAAAGAUUAAAGGAAAAUGACCAAAUAUUGGCCAUUAAUCACACACCGCUGGAUCAGAACAUUUCCCACCAGCAAGCAAUUGCAUUAUUACAACAAACCACGGGAUCUCUGCGGUUGGUUGUGGCCAGGGACCCAGUCCACAGAAAAAGCAGUACUUCUACAAGCUUAUCUGACACAACUCUGCCUGAAACAGUUUGUUGGGGCCACAUUGAAGAUGUUGAACUCAUUAAUGAUGGCUCUGGGUUAGGUUUUGGAAUAGUUGGAGGAAAAUCAAGUGGCGUGGUUGUGAGGACUAUAGUUCCUGGAGGAUUAGCAGAUCGAGAUGGAAGACUCCAGACAGGGGAUCAUAUCUUGAAGAUUGGUGGCACAAACGUGCAGGGAAUGACCAGUGAGCAGGUUGCACAAGUGCUAAGAAACUGUGGGAAUUCAGUCAGGAUGCUUGUGGCAAGAGACCCAGUUGGUGAAGUUUCAGUGACCCCUCCUGCCCCUACAGCCUUACCUGUUGCUCUGCCUGCUGCAGCCAACACGAGCCCUGGUUCUGACAAUUCUCCUUUUGAAACAUACAAUGUUGAACUUGUUAAGAAAGAUGGACAGAGUCUUGGGAUUAGAAUUGUUGGCUAUGUUGGAACAUCUCAUUCAGGGGAAGCUGCAGGUAUCUAUGUGAAAAGUUUAAUACCUGGCAGUGCUGCCUACCACAAUGGCCACAUUCAAGUGAAUGACAAGAUAGUUGCUGUUAAUGGGGUGAAUAUUCAGGGUUUUGACAACCAGCAUGUUGUUGAAGUGUUACGAAAUGCAGGACAGGUGGUACACCUAACCCUAGCUCGAAGGAAGACAUCCUCAUCUGGUUAUCAGCUUGAACUCCCUUCAGACAGAGGAAGUGUUGUAGAACCACCAAAAACACCAGCUCUCUUUUUAACUGGAGCAGUGGAAACAGAAACUAAUUUGGACGAUGAAGAUGAGGAAACUGAAGAAAGAAUGGAUAAUCUAAAAAAUGACAACAUGCAAGCUUUAGAAAAAUUGGAAAGAGUCACGGACUCUCCAGAAAAUAAGCUGAAAUCCAGAUGGGAAAACCUCCUGGGCCCUGAUUAUGAAGUAAUGGUUGUGACAUUGAAUACACAGAUUGCAGAUGAUGCUGAGUUACAAAAGUAUUCCAAGCUGCUGCCUAUUCACACUCUGAGACUUGGCGUGGAAGUGGAUUCCUUUGAUGGGCACCACUACAUCUCUUCAAUUGCUCCUGGUGGUCCUGUAGAUACCCUGAGCCUCCUACAGCCAGAGGAUGAGCUUCUUGAGGUCAAUGGUGUGCAGCUCUAUGGAAAAUCUCGCCGAGAAGCAGUCUCCUUUCUUAAAGAAGUGCCACCUCCUUUUACCCUGGUUUGCUGUCGACGAUUGUUUGAUGACGAGGCCUCUGUGGAUGAACCUAGGACCACUGAACCUUCCCUUCCUGAGAUGGAGGUUGACCGCAAUAUAGAUGUCAACACUGAAGAAGAUGAUGAUGGUGAAUUAGCUCUCUGGUCUCCUGAAGUCAAGAUUGUGGAGCUAUUAAAAGAUCAUAAAGGUUUGGGAUUCAGCAUUUUGGAUUACCAGGACCCUUUGGAUCCCACAAGAUCGGUGAUUGUGAUCCGCUCCCUGGUAGCAGAUGGUGUCGCAGAAAAAAGUGGAGAACUAUUGCCUGGAGACCGCCUGGUUUCAGUCAAUGAGUACUGUUUGGACAACACCACACUUGCCGAAGCUGUGGAAGUGUUGAAAGCUGUGCCACCAGGCACUGUACGUCUUGGCAUCUGUAAGCCUUUGGUGGAAGAUGAUAAAGAAGAAAGUUGUUACACUUUACAUUCAAGCAAUAAUGAAGAUAAGACUGAGCCUUCAGAAACAAUUCAUGAUAUAAAUUCAUCUUUAAUACUUGAAGCACCCCAGGAAUUUAGAGAUGAGCCAUAUUUUAAAGAAGAACUUGUGGAUGAGCCAUUUAUAGAUUUGGGAAAGUCUUUCCAAUCCCAACAAAAAGAAAUAGACCACAACAAGGAGGCCUGGGAAAUGCAUGAAUUUCUGACUCCUAGAUUGCAGGAUGUGGGUGAGGAAAGAGAAAUGCUUGUUGAUGAAGACUAUGAGCUAUAUCAAGAUCACCUUCAGUCCAUGGGCUUGUAUUCCUCAUCACACCUUCAGGAGGAGACUCCUGUGCCCUCCGUGGAUGAACUUCACUUCGGUACCCACUUUGGCACACAGUGGCACUGCAGUGACCCAGCCGAGUCUCAAGAAGCAAGACUGGCCAGGAGUAUGUAUUCCCAGGAGAUACAGCCGUAUGGCUGUGGCACAGAAAGCAUGAUGAAGGACAGUUUUGGACUGGAUCCCCUACCAUCCGUAUCCUCAACUGAAGGAAACAGCCAACAAGGUAGAUUUGACAACCUGGAGGAUCUUAACUCCUUGGCAGAAAGCAGUCUGGAUUUAGGAAUGGUGCUUCCAAAUGAGGUCCAAGGUCCUGGCAUGCUGGUGGAUGUUCCUUCUGUGGCUCAGAGCAGGGAGGAAGAAGAUUUGCCUUUAUACCAACUCCCCAGGACCCAAAUCAUUUCAAAGGCCUCAGCACACACAGGAAUGUUAUCAUCUAGAUACAUCACUGAUGCAUGUGAGUUACCUGAAAGAGAAGAAGGUGAAGGAGAAGAAACUCCGAACUUCAGCCACUGGGGUCCACCAAGAAUUGUUGAAAUUUUUAGAGAACCCAAUGUGUCUCUUGGCAUCAGUAUUGUUGGUGGACAGACCGUGAUAAAACGCCUGAAGAAUGGAGAAGAGCUUAAAGGUAUAUUCAUCAAACAAGUCUUAGAAGACAGCCCAGCAGGAAAAACCAACGCACUGAAAACCGGAGACAAAAUACUAGAGGUGUCCGGCAUAGAUUUGCAGAAUGCUUCACAUGGGGAAGCAGUUGAGGCCAUUAAGAAUGCAGGAAACCCGGUGGUGUUCGUUGUUCAGAGCUUGUCAUCCACACCAAGAGUCAUUCCUAAUGUGCAGAACAAGGUCUCCAAAGCCACCAAAAGCCAGGACCAAGACAUACAAGAACAAAAAGAAAAGAGACAAGGAACUGCUCCGCCUCCAAUGAAACUGCCUCCUCCCUAUAGCGCUCCAUCUGAGGACAGCGAGGAGAGCGAAGGAGAACAUGCAUUUACUGACAAAAAAAUCAAGCAAAGAUAUGCAGACCUGCCUGGAGAACUGCAUAUUAUUGAACUUGAAAAGGAUAAGAAUGGACUGGGACUCAGCCUUGCUGGUAAUAAAGACAGGUCUCGCAUGAGCAUAUUCGUGGUGGGAAUUAACCCAGAAGGACCUGCUGCAACUGAUGGACGGAUGCGCAUUGGAGAUGAACUGUUAGAGAUAAACAAUCAGAUCCUGUAUGGAAGAAGUCACCAAAAUGCCUCUGCCAUUAUUAAAACAGCCCCAUCAAAGGUCAAGCUGGUUUUUAUCAGAAAUGAAGAUGCAGUCAGUCAGAUGGCUGUUGCUCCCUUCCCAGUACCAUCGAGUUCCCCAUCAUCUACUGAGGAUCAGAGUGGCCCAGAACCUGUUAGUGGGGAGGAAGAUGGCGGCCUUGAAGUUGGUGUUAAACCAUUGCCUGCAAGUGAAAACCCAAAGCUGGUGAGAAUUUUUCAUCUUGCUUUCUUUUCAGGAAUGGAUUAUUUCUGUUUUGUACCACCUGAGAAAGGACUGGUGCUGCAACUCCAGAACAGGAGAAGCGGCUCCAUUCCAGGGAUGCCCCAAGCACUCGGCCCCGCCUCAUCCCUGCCUGCAUUGUGCUGUCUGGCACUAACGAAGCAGUCUCUCGCCAGUGCAGACCCCCUGCGCCAGUGCACCAUCUUGGGAUUAUUGCUGGGUGUUCCUGGUCAGAGAGCAACAUGUGACCUGUACAGACUUCUGACUGUUUUUACUCUUUGUUUAUGGCAGGACGGUUGGGAAAACUUGAACAGUAAAGAGAAUGUUGAUGGAUGGGCUGAAGUAUCUGAAGACUUGGACUCUGAGGAUAUACUGUUAGAGAUUAUGAAAUUCCUUUCCAGCAGUUCAGAGCAUGAGAAGCUUGUGUUCGUGGUGGGAGCACAGGCCUUGGUGCUGAGCAGUCUCGAGUUGGAAUUUCAUCUCUCUCCUUACAAGCUACAAAGACCUGGUCAACUGAGACCUGGAGUCGUUAACAGUCCUCCCAAGCCUGUGGUAGCAGCCAAGAUACAGAUGGAGGAGCUCCGACUCCAGAGCCUUCUCAUAGCCAUUCCCCUCUCUGACCCCGCCUUGCAGUUUCACAACCUGCGUGUGUCCAGAACAGAGAAUGGAGGACCCCGGGGAGUACAGGAUGCAAUAGUUAUACAUGAAGUCUAUGAAGAAGGAGCAGCAGCCAGAGAUGGGAGGCUUUGGGCUGGUGACCAGAUAUUAGAGGUCAACGGGGUGGACCUGAGGAGCUGCAGCCACGAAGAAGCCAUCACGGCCCUGAGGCAGACCCCGCAGAAGGUGCGGCUGGUGGUGUACAGGGAUGAGGCGCACUACAGGGACGAAGAGAACUUAGAUAUCUUCCCCGUGGACCUGCAGAAGAAGGCCGGCCGCGGCCUGGGCCUGAGCAUCGUGGGGAAACGAAACGGAAGCGGAGUGUUUAUUUCCGACAUCGUGAAAGGAGGCGCUGCAGACCUGGAUGGGAGAUUGAUUCAGGGAGAUCAGAUCUUAUCUGUGAACGGGGAUGACAUGAGGAGCGCCUCCCAGGAGACGGUGGCCACUGUCCUCAAGUGUGCACAGGGGCUUGUGCAGCUAGAGAUCGGAAGACUGCGAGCUGGGUCCUGGGCCGCCUCCAGGAAGACAUCGCACAACAGUCAGGGUCACCACAGCAGCAGUCGUCCUUCGCUGGCUCCCGUCAUCAGUGGCCUGCAAAGCCUGGUUGGCACAAAACGAUCUUCCGAGUCGUCCCAGAAGAGUUCAGGCACAGAAGUGGGACCAAGGACGGUGGAGAUAAUCAGGGAGCUCAAUGAUGCUCUUGGAAUCAGCAUUGCUGGAGGAAAAGGAAGUCCCUUAGGAGAUAUCCCAAUAUUUAUUGCCAUGAUUCAAGCCAGUGGAGUGGCUGCACGUACACAGAAACUUAAAGUUGGAGAUCGGAUUGUCAGCAUUAAUGGGCAACCUUUGGAUGGGCUGUCUCACGCGGACGUGGUUAAUCUGCUGAAGAACGCCUACGGGCGCAUUAUCCUGCAGGUUGUGGCAGAUACCAAUAUAAGUGCCAUAGCCACUCAGCUUGAAAGCAUGUCUGCAGGCUACCACCUCGGCUCGCCCGCCGCCGAGUGCCAUCUGGAAGACGCAGAAACACCUCCACCUAAGAUUAUUACUUUGGAGAAAGGCUCUGAAGGAUUGGGGUUUAGUAUUGUAGGGGGUUAUGGAAGUCCCCAUGGAGACCUGCCAAUUUAUGUCAAGACUAUAUUUGCAAAGGGAGCAGCUGCAGAUGAUGGCCGGUUAAAGCGAGGUGAUCAGAUUUUAGCCGUUAACGGCGAGACCCUGGAAGGUGUUACUCACGAGCAAGCUGUCGCCAUCCUGAAACACCAGACAGGGGCUGUAACUUUGACCGUGCUGUCGUGAGCUUCAAGCCCUGAUCACGAGAUAGAUGGUGUUGUUUAGAACAUCCAUUGGUCUGCUGUUUCUUUUUGGGAGAGAAGAAGACUGAGAAUACCCAUAAGAAGAUGAAGUUCUGGGUGGGGAUGAAAAGCAGUCUCUGUUACGCACCCCAUUCCUCGUUCUUCACGCCUCAUGCUCUCUGCUCGGGAGGGAUGGCUGAGGCUGCCGAUGAACCCCUCGAGCGUGCAGUCAUCCACCGAGUGUUCCCCAUCUUCUGUCACCUCUUGGUGAGGUUAACUUUCUAAAACUUGAAUGAGUAUUUGUUUUGCAUUUAACAUCGAUGUUUGCCAACUGGUAAUAACUGGUUCUGAUUGUAUUUGCUAAAACUAGAGUGAACAACCUCUCGUUCCUUACAGCUCCCCUCCCCAUCUCCUAAUUAUGCAGAGGCUUAACCGCAACCUCAGAUCUCAUCCAGUGAACGAAAACAAAUGUUAAGCAACUUGUCAUCUCACUCAUGAUUUACUUAUGCUAAUUGUCUCUUCAAGUAAGCCAGAAAGCAUUAGCAGUGUAAUUAACUUACCAGUGAUUCCCAUGAUGAAAUCCCAUAUUCUCCUAUGGGAAAUUACUGUGUUCCUCUCUGUAUGACUUAUAGUCAAAUAAGUCUCAACUUCAUUUCUCUGGCUAGAUCUGCGUAUGUUAGUCAUUGGUGAUUGUGAUGAGUCAAUUUGCAGGCUGUAAUCUUCUCAGAAUCCCAAGAAGGCUUUCUAAUUGUUUUCUGAGCUGCAGAAAUGAAUACCCCUGAGCAAAUGCACCUUAUUCUCAACAGGAACAGUUAGCCUCCUGCUCUCAAUCCUGAUACUGCUAACCCACGCCAAGUUCAGGAAGUUCAUGUAGAGUUAAUGGCAUCUCUGUGGGCAGGCGUCAUUGCCACUUCAGUCUUAGGUGAGGAGGUGGAAGCCCCAGAACCACCCUGCAGAGAUCAGAGGUGGCUGUGGCCUUGGGCACAGCAGAGUGACACAAUGAUCCUCCCCCUUCCCUCCAGACCAGUGAGGACAGCAGCACAGGCCACAGUGUGAAAAUCCCUGGGUGAUGUUUUCAGGUCUCCAUGCUACAGUGGAAAAUAGAAGACUACCUUUUAAAGUUGUAGGAAGAAAACGAAAACACCUUUAACGCUGAUUAUGGGCAUUGUUAUUCACAUAUUAGCAGAAAAAGCUGGGAGAUACUCACCAGGGAAAGCCUGGGGUCUUGUAUGAAAAAAAGAGGGUUCACUGAAGGAUGAGGCCGAGUUCAGCAUUACCCAGCCACAGCACAACGCUGCAAACGGUCACAGUCACUAUCGGAGUUCAGCGGGCCCAGAUUGAAAAUGUUAUUUAAUAAGCAUAGGUUUUAAUUGAGAAUUCUCUUUGAGUAGAAUAAUCACAAAGUGCAUUAACAAUUGUUGGAAUAUUUUGUGGCUAUUCCAAAGUAUUGAGUGCCUAAAUUUUUUUGUGUUGAAAAUGUCUUUCGUGGCUGAUGUUAAGUUUUCUGAAUAGACACAUGGCUUUUGAAAUUUCUAAUACACCCAAGAUAUCUGGGGUAUUAGGUUCUCAUCCUUCAAUGCAUGAGAAGCCACCAACCUCAGAAUAUUCUGUGUUAACUGUAGCUGCAAGAACACCUCAGGCAGGUAGGAUCAAAUAAAGUCCAAAUAAAACUUGAAAAAUGCACCUUAAAAAUAAUAUAUCUAUAUAUAUACACACACUAUAAUACUUUUGCAAUGUGAUUCUGCUUGAUUUUGAUGGAAUGGCCAUUAAAUAUGCAAUUUGAAAAACAUUGUUUUAUUUCUUUAUAUGCUGUCCUUUUAAAUCAUGCUAUUAAAAGUCUGUUGAUAAAGGA